CUAGAAACGAAAGUAAAAACAGGAGAAAAGAAGAGACGCCAUUUCAGAGUUUAAACGGCUGCAUAUUUUCUGGACGACACUGCCUCCAAAAUGAGUCAACAUAACAAGGGGGAUAACGAGGGCACUGCCUCUAAAAUGAGGUCUUCAUCUUCUGGAUCCAGCUGUGUGUCUAUAAAGAGUGAUCAGUCAAUAAAUUUUCCUCCUGACUUAAAUGAAGGAACAGUAACCUCUGACCCCAGAUCUACACUGUCCUCUACAUCCCACUAUCAGACACAUAUGAUUCAGGAUAAUACUGAAAUAGCCCUAACAAAACACACACUGGAAACUGAAGACCUGCAGAGAGUCAAGGACCAGCACAAAACCAGCAUGAAAAACAAGUACGGGAUCAUAUUUGAAGGAAUCAAACCAGAAGAGACCCUCCUGAACAGCAUCUACACACAGCUCUACAUCAUAGAGGGAGAGAGAGAUGGAGUGAAUGAAGAACAUGAGGUUUUACAGAUGGAGAAAACAGCCAGAACACAACACUCACAGGACAAUCUGAUCAACUGCAAUGUCAUCUUUAAAGCCUCAGCUGAAGCAGGAUGUGAGGAGAAAGAGCAGAUCAAGACUGUUCUUACUAAAGGCAUCGCUGGAAUCGGAAAAAACAUCUCUGUGCAGAAGUUCAUUCUGGACUGGGCAGAGGGAAAAGCCAAUCAGGAUGUAGAUUUCAUGUUUGUGCUUCCAUUUCGAGAGCUGAACUUGAUCCGAGAUCAUCAGUACAGUCUUCAUAGACUUCUGCUGGACCUUCAUCCUGAACUUCAAGAUCUGGACUCACAGAUUUAUGAGGAGUGUAAAGUUGUGUUCAUCUUUGAUGGUCUGGAUGAAAGCAGAAUCACACUGAUGUUUUCAGACGCUCAGAAAGUUUGUGAUGUGACUGAGACUUCAUCAGUGGCUGUGUUGAUGUCCCUCAUGAAAGGAAAGCUGCUUCCCUCUGCUCUCAUCUGGAUCACCUCCAGACCAGCAGCAGCCAUUCAUAUCCCCUCCAAAUACAUCCACCGUCUGACAGAAAUUCAGGGAUUCAAUGAGCCUCAGAAGGAGGAAUAUUUCAGGAAGAGAAUCACUGAGCAGCAUCAAGCCAGCAGAAUCAUCUCACACAUCAGAAGAGCAAGAAGCCUCCACAUCAUGUGCCAAAUCCCCGUCUUCUGCUGGAUCUCAUCCACUGUGCUUCACAAGCUCCUGGAAGAAGAUCUGAGUGCAGAAAUCCCUCAAACUUUGACUGAAAUGUACAUCCACUUCCUGCUGAUUCAGAUUAACAUGAGGAACCAGAAGAAUGACGAGGUAGAUCCAAAGAAACUCCUGCAGUCCAACAGAGAAGCGAUUGUGAAACUUGCUCAAGUGGCUUUCAAACAGCUGAUGAAGGGCAAUGUGAUGUUCUAUGAGGAGGACCUGAUUGAGAGCGGCAUAGACGUCACUGACGCCUCAGUGUAUUCUGGGAUUUGCAAUGAGAUAUUUAAGCAGGAAUCUGUGAUUCAUCAGAGGAAAGUCUACAGCUUCAUUCAUCUGAGCGUUCAGGAGUUUUUCGCUGCUUUCUACGUGUUUUAUUACCAUGUGAAGGAAACUAUGAAGGGACUGAAAAAUUUUGCUUCAGUAAAACAUUUGCUUAAAGCUGCAGUAGAUGAAGCCAUUCAGUCUGAGAAUGGACGUCUGGAUCUGUUCCUGCGGUUCCUGCUCGGCAUCUCACUGGAGUCCAAUCAGAGACUCUUACAGGAUCUACUGACACACAGAGAGAACAGCUCAGAGAGCAUCAGAGAAACCACACAGUACAUUAAAGAGAAGAUCAAAGAUGGACAUGGACUCUCCACUGAAAUAUCCAUCAAUCUGUUCCUCUGUCUGCUGAAAGAUCAGACUCUGUCCAGAGAGAUUCAGGACUUUGUGAAAUCAGACCAACUCUCAGAGGAGAAACUCUCUGCUGCUCACUGCUCAACAAUAACCUACAUGAUUCAGAUGUCAGAGGAGCCACUGGAUGAGCUGGACCUCAUGAAAUACAACACAUCAGAUGAGGGGAGAAGAAGACUGAUACCAGCUGUGAUCAACUGCAGAAAAGCUCUUCUUGCUGGCUGUAAUCUGACUGCUCAGGAUUGUGAAAUUGUAUCAUCGGUUCUAAAAUACCCAAACUGUGUCCUGAGAGAGCUGGAUCUGAGUAACAAUGACCUGCAGGAUUCAGGAGUGAAGCUGCUUGAUGGACUGCAGACUCCAAACUGUCAGCUGGAGAUCCUGAGGUUCUCAGGCUGUAUGGUGACAGAGGAAGGCUGUGGUUAUUUGUCUUCAGCUCUGAGUUCAAACCCCUCACACCUGAGAGAGCUGGGUCUGAGCUACAAUCACCCAGGACAAUCAGGAGUCCAGCUGCUCAACCACAAACUGCAGGAUCCAAACUAUAAACUGCAAGUACUCAAUUUAAAUCAUGGAGGGCAUUUCAGGAUCACACCAAGCCUGCGAAAAUACGCCUGUGAUCUCACACUGGAUCCAAACACAGCACACACUCAACUAAUCCUGUCUGAAGACAACAAAAAAACAACAUGUGUGAAAGAGCCACAGCCAUAUCCUGACUAUCCAGAGAGAUUUGGCAACUAUGAGCAGGUUCUGUGUCGAGAGAGUCUGACUGGACGCUGUUACUGGGAGGUUGACUUGAUAGGUUGGGGUCAUGUAGCAGUGGCAUAUAAAGGAAUCAGCAGGAAAGGUGGGAUUGACUGUCGGUUUGGACUCAAUGACAAGUCCUGGAAUCUUUACUGUUGUGAUACGAUUUAUUCUGUUUGGCACAAUAAGAAGAGGACAAACAUUCCUCUAAAUUCCCCAUCUAAUAGAGUAGGAGUGUAUCUGGACUGGUCGGCUGGCACUCUGUCCUUCUACAGUGUCUCUGGCACACACACACUCACACACAUACACACAUUCAACACCACAUUCACUGAACCCCUCUGUGCUGGAUUUAGGCUUUAUCCUGAUUCUGCUGUGAUUCUGUCAAAUUUAACAACCUCCUGUGAGGAAAUGCAGAGACGCAUAUAACAGUUUAAUUUCCAUCUUUGAGAAGAAAAAUGUAAUGGUAACUGUGAUUUUUGUAGUUAGGAGAAAUAGUUGCACUUGUAGGAUAUAAAGUCACAAUUACCAAAAAUCAGAAUCAGAAGGAGCUUUAUAACCAAGUAUGUUUACACACAAAAGAAGUCUGACUUGGCGACAGGAGCUUCCAGUGCAGAAGAAAGUACACACAUAC